AUGCACCGCACAUACUCUAUGCGCCAAUCGCGCGCACCUACAGCCUCACAAAUUGAGAAUCCCCCUCCACCAUCUUCCUCAACCAAAGGCGGCCGCCUAUUUGGCCGCAGCAACUUCGGCCAUGCAUUUAGAAAAGGUACCGCAGGUGCCUUUGGCCCAGAUCUCGCCAAGAAGCUCUCCCAGCUCGUCAAGAUGGAAAAGAACGUCAUGCGAAGUCUCGAGCUAGUAGGCAGAGAAAGAAUGGAAGUAGCUCAACAACUUUCCCUGUGGGGCGAAGGUUGCGACGAGGACGUCAGCGACGUCACUGACAAGCUCGGAGUCUUGGUCUACGAAAUUGGCGAGUUGGAAGAUCAAUUCGUUGAUCGCUACGACCAAUAUCGUGUGACUAUCAAGUCGAUCCGUAACAUUGAAGCUUCCGUGCAGCCCUCGAGAGAUCGCAAGCAAAAGAUCACCGAUCAGAUUGCUCAACUAAAAUACAAGGAGCCCAAUAGCCCAAGAAUUGUUGUCCUGGAGCAAGAACUCGUUCGUGCUGAGGCCGAGUCCUUGGUUGCCGAGGCCCAGCUGUCCAACAUUACUCGCGAGAAGCUGAAGGCUGCAUUCACCUACCAAUUCGACGCAAUCCGAGAACACUCGGAGAAGGUUGCCAUCAUUGCAGGUUACGGAAAACAUCUCCUCGAGCUCAUCGAUGACUCCCCAGUGACCCCUGGAGAGACCCGAGCAUCCUACGAUGGUUAUGAGGCCUCCAAGGCCAUCAUUCAAGAUUGCGAAGAUGCUCUCACCAACUGGGUAUCGUCCAAUGCAGUUGUCAGCUCCAAGCUCUCGGUUCGCUCGCGCAACCUUAGCCAGCGCCGGAAGAAGAACGCUGCUUCAUCCGAAGGCGUGGAUCUGAGUGGUCAAGAUCACGCUCUCAAGAAUGACCGUGACAGCUGGGUGCCUGCAGGUCAGCACGGAGAGUAUGAACAAGAAGAGGAGGAAGAAGAAGAGGAAGAGGAGGAGGAGGCUACUGGAACCAAUGGUCAACACGCCGGUCAGCACCCUGUCGCCGCUUAG